UUCGCGCAAUACCCCAACUCCUCGGGGUUCGGAGCUUUAAGCAAUUGAGCUUUUGUGGUCUGCUGGACGCGGCAUAGCACAACAGCAUUGACACCAAAAUAAAGCUAUCUUCAGCACCACCCAACUGUGCCCAGGCUACGUGGUGAUGACCAGCGGGUGGCAUUAGCGAGUGAUAGGGCGUGAAGGCCAUACAGGUUGGAACAGAUCCCGUCGUGCAGAAGAGCCCUGGUCCGGAAAGUACCGGAACGCACUAUCAGUACAGGGUGCCCGCACAUACUUCCGACUAUAAAUUGGUGCGCUUGGCUCACGUGGUCGUGAUUCGUGCAGUGAGAUCUACGGAAGAACAAGUGAAGAUCGGGUACCGAUCGGUGUCGUAGCAGCACAGCAGCAACACCCCAAACGCAAAUGACCAGCAAUACGAUGCAGACGGUUAUCAAAAAUCCUAGCUGGUGGCGUCGCCGAACCGCGCUGGAAAAGGUUCUUACGCUUAUCAGCGUCGUGUGUGGAGUAGCCGUAGUGGCGUUGAUCAUAUCGCUGCUCACCGUUGUGCUGACGGACCGAAUUCAAAGUGAAAGUAGUUCAACGUCAGCUCAACCCUUGACCUCCGGCAGACGUGGCAAAGCCCUGUCCAAGCAUCCCAACUCCUACAACGGUGUGGCUGAAAAGAGUGCGGAAGAUAUUUGCCUCACGCCAGGAUGCAUCCAUUCUGCUUCGAAGGCGCUCGAUCAGAUGGACCAGGAGGUGGAACCGUGCGACGAUUUCUACAACUACGCCUGUGGUAAGUUUGUCAAAGAAACGACCAUCCCGGACGAGAAGGUUUCGGUGAACACGUUCUCCGUGAUUGGGGAUCGUCUUCAGCAACAGCUCCGCUCACUGGUCAGCGAGGAUAUCUCCGAUAGUGAGGCGACACCGUUCAAGCUCGCCAAGAACCUGUACAAGCUGUGCAUGAACAAGACCCGUAUCGAGGAGAAGGGAAUUAAGCCACUGUUGGACAUACUGGAUGUGCUCGGAGGAUGGCCCGUACUGAAGGGAGACAGCUGGGAUCUGAAUUCGUCGUGGUCGUGGGUAAAGUCGGUGAAGGAUUUCCGAAACAAUGGUUACAGUACGGAUUACUUCUUCGAUUUCUCCAUCGGAAGCGAUUUGAAGAAUUCAACCCGCCGUAUCAUUGAUACUGAUCAAGCCUCGCUAGGCAUUAGCCGAGAGUAUCUCGUGAAGGGCAUGGAAAAUCCAAUUGUGUCCGCCUACUACAACUACAUGGUCGAUAUGGCCGUACUGUUUGGUGCGGAUGAAGAGCGCGCCAAGCGGGAAUUGAUGGAUUCGCUCAACUUUGAAAUGGCAUUGGCGAACAUUUCACUGCCAAAUGAAAAGCGCCGUAACGCUACCGCUCUCUACAAUCCUAUGACGGUGAAAGAGUUCCAGCAUCGCUAUCCGUACACCGAUUGGUUGGAUUACUUUAACGCCAUCCUGAAGGAUACCGGCAUUGUGAUUGGUGAGGAAGAAGUGAUCAUUGUCAGUGUACCCACGUUUAUGGAAGAGCUGGGUCCAUUGCUGCAGAACACACCAAAGCGCGUGAUGGCUAACUACGUGAUGUGGCGUAUCAGUGGAUUCUCGUCCUUCUUCCUGACGGAGAAGCUCCGUAAACGUCAGCUGCAGUACAGUACCGCGCUGAGCGGUAAGCAAGAGCAGGAACCGCGAUGGAAGGAAUGUGUUGACAUCACCUCCGGCAGCUUACCGAUUUCGGUCGGUGCACUGUACAUCCGGAAGUACUUCCGCGAGGAUUCGAAGCGCGCCGCACUGGAUAUGGUAAACGACAUCAAGAGUGUGUUCGUCGAUAUUCUGAAAAAGGUCGAUUGGAUGGAUGAGGUAACGCGUGUGUCAGCGCUGGAGAAGGUUUCGACCAUGGCCACCCACAUCGGCUAUCCGGAUGAACUAAUGGACAAUGCGAAGAUUGCCGAGUACUACAAGGAUUUAGAGUUCCAGCCGGACAGCACCUAUCUGAACACUAUCCUGUAUAUGAACAAAUUUGGUACGACAAAAGCGUUCAAGAAGCUACGCAUCCCGGUCAACAAAACCGAUUGGAUCACGCACUCCAGACCAGCGAUCGUCAACGCUUUCUACUCAUCGAUCGAGAACAGCAUACAGUUCCCGGCUGGUAUUCUGCAGGGUCAGUUCUUCUCCUACGAUCGUCCGAAGUACAUGAACUAUGGUGCGAUCGGUUUCGUCAUCGGUCACGAGAUCACCCACGGCUUCGACGACCAAGGUAGACAGUUCGACAAGAACGGCAAUUUGGUCGACUGGUGGCAAUCGGACACCAAGAAAGCAUAUCUGGAGAAGGCUCGCUGCAUCAUCGAGCAGUAUGGCAACUACACGGAACCGAACGUGAAGCUCAAUCUGAACGGUAUCAACACGCAGGGCGAGAACAUUGCGGACAACGGUGGCAUCAAGGAGGCGUACUACGCGUACCGCAAGUGGGCCGAAAAGCACGGACCCGAACCACGCCUUCCGGGGCUAAACCUUAGCCCGGAACAGAUGUUCUGGCUGUCGGCCGCACAGACCUGGUGCUCGGUAUACCGUCCCGAGACGAUGAAAAUGCGCAUCACCACGGGUGUUCAUUCGCCCGGACAGUUCCGCGUGCUUGGUCCGAUGAGUAAUAUGCAUGAGUUUGCAAAGGACUUCAACUGCCCCGCCGGUUCUCCCAUGAACCCGGAGCACAAGUGUGAAGUGUGGUAGGGCGCAGGGAGAGCGACGAGCAAACCGAACCGGCCUUGUUGCCCGGUCGAAGUGGUGCCGAGUAACCCGAGACAGAAGCCGCAAAAUAGGAGAAGACCUUCGGAUUCGUUACUUAAUUUAUUUAGUCGACUGUUUUGCGCUGUCUACAGCAGCACAGGACGCACGUUCCGGUCGAACGAACGCGACUUACAGCCGAAUGCAGAGAUAUCCCAAUUGUUUCGGGGUGUUUCUCGCUGGUUUACUAUUAUAUAUGUAUAUCCUUUUUUGUUGCAAGAGAAGCAAAUAAUCUUCAACCGUUUUUAGACAGUGUGGUGAUGCCUAAACGAACUUGAUGUUAUCGUAGAUGAAAUUUGCAUGGGUUUAGCGGACAACGCAUGGGUUAACGCAUUACCUUUUUCCGAUGGGUCAUUCACACGGGAAAGCUACAAAUUAAUUUAAAUUCCUUUUCAUAUUCGCAACGUUUCGUUACGAAAUGACGAGCCCACAACAAAUCUACCGGCAGGUAUUGUUAUCAGUAAGUUUUGUCAAGAAUCUGGGUAGCAGGAGUUUGCUUAUGAACGGGAAAACAGAGUUCCGCGCGAUCGAGUCCUUACUUUUCUUCUCUUUGCUAUGUUUAAGUAGAUUAUACAAACUUUAUGAAAGAUUCUCAUACAAUGAACCGUGGGUUCUUUCAUUUUAUCAACAAACAAAUAUUGCUUUAUGAUAUUACAGUGUCAUAAAUACAAAUAAACGAAUG